UUUUCAAAAAUGGAAUUUCCUUCUUCACAACCUUCAGUUGAUCAAUUCCAAGUUGCUUCAAAUGAAGAGCAACUAGCUAAGGAAAUUGAUGACGAUCAAUUAGAAGAAACUUUACUUGAAAGACUUGAAGGGCUUAAAGAAAUGUUUCCUGCUGGACUUCGCUCUGCUGUUUAUUAUUCUGUUGGUGCUGGAUGGACUUUGUUGGGCACUUCUUUUUCGCUCGCGCGUAAAGCUACUUGGGUGUUGUCUACUUCUGCUUUUAUCAUGAUUUUGCCUUACUUUAUUGACAAAGAACUUCGCGACAUGGAAAAAUCUCAAUUGAAGCAACAACAACAAUUAUUGCUUGGGCCGUCUAAAUAA